CCGCCGCCGUCGCCACCACCGCUGUCGCCGCUGCCGUCGCUGCCGCCACCGCCGCCGCCGCCGCCGCCGCCGCUGCGAUCGAUACGCCAUUGCGUCGCGACGUGCCGACGAGUAAAUCGCUCGUUUGACGAUGCCCGUGCCGCUGGCGGUGGUCGCGCUGCAGUGCAUGCGAUAAUAUACGCCGGACGUCGGACGUAUCGUGCCGACGACAUUCUCGUUGUUGUUGUUGUGUUGUUAUUGGUUGACGCGCGUGAGACGGUGGCGCGCGAUACUGAUCGUCGGCGACGCCAGUAGCGACGACGACGACGACGUUCGUAGUACUGUGGCAGCCGCGACGUCGACGACGGGUUGACGUUGACGGUAACAUGUACCGUUUGCGACAGUGCGCCGUAGUGAAGUGACGGAUAGAGAGAAGAGAGAGAGAAAGAAAAAGAGACAGACAUGAUAGAUAGAAACGCGCGUGUGUGCUGUGCGAUGAUUACGAACGAUAGAUAGGUAAAGAAACGGGUGGCAGUCGGAGACAUGUGUCAUUUUGUCGAGGCUGUCGUCGAUUGCGUUCGAUAAAGUAGAUACGGCUCAGCCCGCUAUGGAUCGUCGGCCCGUGACCGUGCGACCCGAGUCGCUUUCGUCGCGCAUCGAAUUCGCGGCUACGAGGACGUCGCGUUGAAAACCACCGUCGCCGCCGUAGGAGGAGGAGGUGACGGAGAAGGAGGAGGAGGAGGAGGAGGAGGUGGUGGUGAUGGUGGUGGUGGUGUAGUGGUGGUAGUGGAAGAAGAGGAGCAGAGGAAAGGAAGGAGGGAGUCCACGACGGAGGGAACUCGCGAGGAGGAGGCUCUCUCGUCCGAAGCUAACGGAGGACGGCGCUUCUGCGUGCGAUCUCCGCGUAACGCGCUUUUCUGCCGCGAAAGCGGGAGAGAGGGAGAGUGAGGGACACGGACAAAGAGAAAGACAGAGAGAGAGAGGGAGAAAAAGAGAAGGAGAAAAAGAGAAGGAGACAACGAACGGCUUUAUCAUGUACGUGGAAGUGGCGUCGCGACGGAUCGCGGCUCGCUCUGGCAGCAUCGUUGUCUUCGUCGGCGGCGAAUAAUGCAGUAACGGUGGGAGGGGCGAACGUAGGGAGGAAGGAAGGACGCGACGAACGGGUUAUAGCGUGUAUAACUCGGUCUCUCGUGCUGGACGAGACGAGAGGAGCGCAGCGAGCGACAGAGAGGAAGAGAGACGGGCAGUGUGAGGAGGAGGAGAAGAGAGAGAGAGAGAGAGAGAGAGGAGGGUCUCUUAGCGCGCGGGUUAGAAACCCCGCUUGGCGAGAUGGACCCGGGCAUGUCCCUGGACUUGGCGCGUCGAUUCGCAAGCGAGCGCGAAGAACGUGGAGCCCGCGCUGCUACGAAGACGAAAAAGAGCAUGACAAGAUGCUGGGCCCAAGUGUCGUGGAAAUGGGAUUGUCAAGCGUGUCAGUUGUUGUUCUAGUGGAUCCCCCCGCUGCGCUACUUCGGUGUUCACGACGUAAAUAAAGAAACGCUCGGUUGACAGUUUGAAAGAUAAUACGAUAUCGAAUCGUGUAAGGCGAUAUACGAGACUCGUCCGUCGCUCUCGUCCGCGGCUCUCGCGCGAUCGCGAGAGCAUACAUAGCAGUCGAGCGGUGCCAGCCGGCGGCGAUCGUCGAUCAGCCGUCCGUCCGUUCGUUCGUUCGUUCGUUCGUUUUUGAUACUCUUCCCCGGCUUCGCGUCCGGACUCUCGGUCGACACUCGCGCAGAGGCACGCACGAGAAAUAAUGGAGACACUAUUGCCCGGCAACACCACUACCACCAGCCAGUCGUACAGUCCGCAGUUGAAGACCGUGUUGAAGACCUAUCAGCUGUCGGCCGUCAAGAGCCUGCAGGGUCCCAACUCGGCCCUCCUGGGCAUGGACUGUAAAAGUCUGUUGCAAGAGCAGUCGGCGACCUCCUGCUACUCACCAGCCGCCAAUCGUCCAGCGGCCAACUGCGGCUUGGACUCGCCGUCGUCGGAGCAGCUGCCGAGCGCGAAGGACGUUGUCGUCGAGAAAGAACGCGAGACCUCGCCGGCGACGCCCGUAGCUAUCAAGCCGUCGCGUCAGCCGUUGACGGACUCGGACGAGGACUUUCCCGCGAGCAACCCGCAGGAUCGUCUGAAGAGCGCGUGCGAGAAGCGCGAGCACGAGUUCCAGCGGCCGAUACUCACCGCGCCCGAUCAGAGCUGCUCCGAGAGGAGCGAGACCGUCCUGGAGGGCGAGAGGAUAUCCUGCUUCGAGGUGGGCGGCGAGAGGAGGUUAUGUUUGCCGCAGAUACUCAACACGGUGUUGCAGAACUUCUCGCUGCAGCAAAUCAAUCAAGUGUGCGACGAGCUGCAGAUCUACUGUUCGCGCUGCACCAGGGACCAGCUGGAGGAGCUCAAGCAGUCCGGGAUACUGCCGCGUAACGCACCCUCCUGCGGCCUCAUCACCCAGACCGACGCGGAGAGGCUCGUGAGUGCUCUGCUCUCACGGACAGAAACCUGCGACCCGUCGCAAAUCGCCCAGAGCCAAGAGAGCCUCGACAAGAAGCCGUGCGGCAAGAGCGAGGACGACGAGGAACCUAUUGUUAAGUUCAAAGUGUACCACGAGUGUUUCGGCAAGUGUAAAGGCAUCUUCGACGCGGACCUCUUCGAGGCGGACGACUCGGUGUGCAUUGAGUGUCUCGAGUGCGGUUACUUGUUCUCGCCGCAGCGCUUCGUCAGACAUGCUCAUCGCUCCUUGGAAAAUCGUACCUGCCACUGGGGCUUCGACUCGGCCAACUGGCGGUCGUAUCUGUUGUUGUCGCGCGACCAACAACACUACUACAAGUCGCUCAUCCUCUUUCGCGAGCUGAAGGAGGGCACCCUCGCGUUAAACCCCAAGCGAAAACUUAAGCUGCGACACGAGCACGAGAAAUUAGCCAAACGCACAAAGAAGGACGUAGGGAAGGACGAGUGUUCCGGGAUCUACAAUGGCAACGGACUGGGAAUGUACCAUUCGGUCUCUCAAAUGGCCGGCGCGGCUGACCCGUAUUUGCAGAUGCAUUGGGCAGUCUUCGAGCUUGCCACUCGGGGCGCGUCUGCUUUUCGGCCUUGGAGUGCUACGGGCAAUUGCAAGCACAGGGACAAUUCAUCGUUGGUGCCUGCAUACCUUAGUCGAGGCCCGCCUGUACUGCAGCACCCCGAGCGAGUCAUCCCGUUGUCGGAGUGCGAACGCUUCGAGCCGCACUUCCAGCCUAAUGUGGCGCUGGCGCCCAUACCGACACCCACGAUGGCACAGAUAUCGCCGUCGACCGCGUCCUCGGUUCAUCAGCAGCGGCGGCAUCAUCAUGAGCAUCAGCGCCGUCACGGUCAUCGCUCGUCGAGUCCGGACGAGAAGCAGGAGCUGUUGUCCGCCAACGUCAAACUGGAAAAGACGUCACCGAGUCAGGUGACCGCUGCCGUCGUCGGUUCUUAUCCUCUCUAUUACAUGUCGGAGGACGAGCAGAAGGAAGCACCGACCACGGCGAAGGAGAAGAAGGAGGAGAAGGAGGGCGAAGAGGAGGAGAGUAGCGCGGCGGUGACGUCGUCAACAGUGAACGUCGAGCCGGCGCCGGGUGCGGGUGAGGUCGGCACCUCGUCGCCCGAGAGCGACUCCGACUCGGACGUCAACGGCAACGCGGCCGCCGACCUCGAGGAACGACUGAUGGCGUUGGAGGUGCCGCAAGACGUGUUGGAGUUGGCGCGCCGCAUCGCGCUGGAAAACGCGCAGCUGCGUCGUCACCGUCGUUCGGACGCGCGCGAAAUUUCGAGGUUGCGCAGCCAGUUGCACAUGCAGAAGCAACAGCAGCAGCAGCAGCAGCAGCUUCAGUCCGCCGACGAGAGCGAGCCAAAGGAAGACGCGACGACGGCGCGUGCCGGCGCCGCGGCCGACAGCACCGAAGCGGGAACGCAUAACUUCAAUUUGGAGAAGGACUGCGUUGGAACAGGAAGCACAGGACUUGGUCUGGGCACCAGGGUACCGGUGCCCCCUGGCCGGAUAACGGGAAGCGCGAGUAUUGAGACCCUCGUAAGAGUCGGCAUCGAAAAGGAAAAUGGGCUCUCGCCUGAUAGUAAGAUGGUUAUCGUGCAUGAUUUUACUCCUUGCGUGGACGACGAGCUUCAAGUCAAACGGGGACAGGUAGUGAACGUGCUUUACCGGGAAAAUGACUGGGUAUACGUGAUAGCGGCUGAUACGCGCAUGGAAGGAUUUGUGCCGCAUUCGUAUUGCGCACCGUACACGUCGCAGUUGGCGGAAUUGACGCUCGCCAGUCUAAAUAACGUGAAGAAAAAGUUGCCGCGGUCCAGCGAGAAUGACUGCGAUCUGCUCAGCACCGGCCGCUUGCAGACGACGGAGACUCAGCAAACUGACACCGGGUCGGCGUCGGAUUGCGAAAGCUACGCGCGAAACAUCACCACCGCAGAUGUCAACGUCAAUCGCUCCAACAUCACGCAAUCCCAAAAUUCCAUACAAACUAUAUCGUCUCAGCCGGACGUGCAUCCCUUCUUCAAGGACCCAUCGGCUGGAAGGUAUAUCGUCCUCUACACGUUCGUAGCACGAGACGAGAACGACGUGAGCGUCGAGAGAGGCGAGUUCGUCACGGUAUUGAAUCGCGAUGAUCCGGAUUGGUUCUGGGUGCUGCGACAUUGCGACGGCAACGAGGGUUUCGUGCCAUCUGGUUUCGUCUACCCAGGUCACGUCCUCCAUUCUUACGCGACCACCACGACGGCCACCACUGCCACUACCAACACAGCGUCAGCAGAGACUCACAGUCUAGGCAAAGGCACCGGCAAUCUAACUGGAAGCGAAUCAUUGCAACAGAAGGGACUGCGAGAUUUCCGAGACGAAACGACCGGCACAGAACUCGUGGUGCUUUACGAUUACAAGGCGCAGGCGCCGGAUGACCUGUCGGUGAGGAGAGCCGACUGGAUAUACGCGGAUCUGGGAAAUCAAACGGUAGACGGUUGGCUCUGGGCGUACGCGCCCAAAACUCGCAAGUACGGUUUUAUUCCUAAAGCGUACGCGCGACCUCCCGCCAUGACUAGCUUGUGACUCUCGACAAAUCUUCCUCGCGCGCAUUUUUAUACGUAUCCUUGUGCAAUAUAACGUUUUUUAUACGCGACAAGUCGA